UCCACUGUUUGGGGAAAUACCAUAAACAAACUGUCUUUCCUGUCAACUUGAACGAGUGUUUCUUCUUUCGUGGCAGGUUAUUGCGACCGUGACAAACAAAAAAUCCACACUGUCUCUUCAGGACUCGCGUUUUUGUGUGUGUGUGUGUGCUAGCGUCUGAAUCUGCUGCUCUCGGUGUAUGUGACCGGGAGGGAGGACGUUGGGGCUGACACACUGUGAGACUGUUAGCUGUGCCGCUUUGAGAGAGAGACAGAAACCAUGUCUGAUAUAAUCCUGGUGCUCCUGUUGCUCGUGCUCCUGCUGUGUUUGGUUGUGACUGUCGGGGGUUUCCUGCUCUACUCGGGACUCCUGUCGGACGUGAUAAUAAAGACCGGGCCACCUCCUGUCAGAAAUGUUACCAUAGCUUAUAAAUUCAGAGAGGGAUCGUACAAGGAGUGCGGUGCAGCCUACACAGAGAGCUGCAGCAUUGGGCCAAAGCUGAGCUCCAUCGGUGUCUUCUACGAUGACCCCAAGCAGAGGCCAUCAGAGAAAUGUCGCUAUGUGGUGGGCAGUGUCCUCUGUGAGGGUGAAGAGAAGCCAGAUGAAGAACUGCAGAAGCUGUAUGAGAAGUUUGGCUUCAAGGUGUUUUCUCUGCCUGAAGUGAGCCACGCUGUGACCACCAGCUUCCCCUGCACCACCCCUCUGUCUCCCGUGCUGGGACCUUACAGGGUCUACCCGAGGCUCGCCUCCUACAUCGAGGAGAGGAAGCUGUGUGCCUUUCCGACUAUUGAGAUCUGUAGUUCAGAUGUCAUCAACUAUAUGGUUCCACUGUCUCGCCAGACAGACUUCUUUGUACCAGAGAUGAAGGAGGAGGUUAAAACUGAUGUUAAAGAAGAGGACUCUGACGAAGACAGAGGAACUGACAUUACAGGUGCAGACUCCCACAGUGAUGUGAGUUCAGUGAGCGGCGGUGUGCCCUGGGACAGCAGAGAGACAUCCCUGGCUGCUUCCACGGCCGCCUCUCUGGCCUCUUCCCUGCCUCUGAGGGACGUAAUGGAUGCAAACGAAGACAUUAAGCCAAGAGACCAGAGCGACAGAGGCUCGAACGAGUCUAUGGGCAGCGGCUCGUCCUUUGAAGAGCUUGACAUGGAUCAGGAGGAGCAGGAAGAGGGAGAAGUGAGGGAAGAGAAAGAAGAUGGAGAGGAGGAGGAGGAGAAGGAGGCCCCCGAGGGUGAAGACGGCGCUACAGAAGCAGUUGAACUGGUGGCUGAGAAGAAGGAGCCCUUGGGGGAGGGAGAAGAGAAGGAAGGAUUCUGAAGAGAUAAGGGAUGAGGCCAUGUAACGCAGGCAUGCUAGAGAGUUUCUCAGUUGUUGCUCUUGCUGGUUAUCUGUCAUGUAAUCUUGUUGGUGGAUCUAAAGCUGCUCAUGCCAUGACCAACAUGCCGUAUUUCUGGGCCUUCUAAUUCGUCCUUUUAAAGCCUGUAACUUUUGUUAUACUGUAAUCUCAUUUUUUAAAACUAAUUCCUGAUUCUAUAUUUAAACUAUGUCAGGGUAGAACAACAGAUGACCCCCCACCUCCCUAUAGGGUCUUCUUGAUGUGCAGCAAAUGAGAGGCAAGAUUUGUUCAUUUCUAUAUUUCAUUUGAAAAAGUAAUUGUAUGUGAACCACCACCAUUCCUGUGCAGAUUAGAAGUGGCACUUCAGUUUAAGAUUAAUAUCAAAGACAGACACUGAUUCUGGCUACCCUGGAUCAUCAUGCAGAGUCUUUUUGCCCAUUUGUGAACGUUGAUAUUGUAUCCCACUUUCAAGGUCAUGUCCUGUGGGAUUUUUUGUCACGUGUUUGUGUGCGACUUUGGUGUCUUGAUAUACAGGAUUUAUGGGGUGAAAAUGUGCAGGAGCUAAUGCCGUAGAAAUUUUGAUGGACCUAUUUCAUUGUAUUGUCAAUUUUUUUGGGAGAAUAUCUAUCACACAGUGUGAAUCCUGAAGUCUGAGGCAGAGAGAAAAAAAAAACACCAGUGAGGACUCUCAGUAGUAAAGUAACACCACAGAAGCCUCAGAGUCACCAGGACUAGGAUUUAAAAUGCAAUUCAGAGAUGUAGACUUUUCUCUUGGAUACUGUACAGAACAUUUUAUUGUCUCCCUCUGCGCUCAGAUAAUUGCUUUAGUUUUUUAAUGUAACGUUCACUUCUAUAGCUGGUUUGUUAAACCACUCUACAGUUCUGUUUGUAGCCAAAAUUCACUCACUUCCAGAGACUAGUUGUGAUAUGUUUGUAGGUUGAAGUUGUUGGUGCUGUGAGACUUUUGAAUAUAAUGUCCAGCACAUUGCCAUGGUUGUGUCUUUCUGUCUGUAAUAAAAUUUUCAAAUGAAA